AUGCUACGUCACAGUAACUUCAAGCUCCAGAGCAGGCACAGCUAUCGGGGCACAAAAUCACUCCCCGUCCGCAGCGGCGCUGUCCGAUUGCAGAGCAGCGAUGAAGAGGCGACCAUGAUGAGAAGCGUAGUAGUGAGACGAGCGGCAUGUACCGUGUCGGGCCUUGGUGGAGGAGAAGAAGAAAAGGAGGAAACACUGGCAUCCUGUAAGCUUGGCAUUGACUAUGUGUAG